AUGGUAGAGGGUUACGAAAUAGGAUACAAAAAGUCCGUGUCACUUUCCAGGAUUGAGAUCGGACGCUGCAAGAUAUGGUUACAAAUCGACGUCGGUGAUGCUCUUCUUGUCGGUUUUCAUCCACGUUGCCUGAAUGAGUGCUUUAAUUUCAAUUUUCCACUUAUCAACUAUAAGGCACGUGAAUAUCAUCGUCAUCAUCGACAGCAUGACAUCAGUGUUCAACACCGACGCUUCACUGCCGUAUGUGCAAUUCAUGGUUGCACGUGGGCUGGGAUACUGCCAGGGCGCCCACACUUAGACAGGAGGACGAUUAGGGUCCUCAACCAAAGCCUUUGGCUCAAAAGCCUAACCGCAAGGCAGCGGUGUUUGGCGAGAAAUGCAAAUGCAUUACCAUUUCUACGGAAGAAGUUGCCACAUGUUCCAACCCCCAAUCUGGAGGGCCAGGUGACUGUGUUCGUCAGACCUCUAACCAUUGACCAACCUGGUAUGACUCUGACACUCUCCAGUAUAGCUCAAUGGAUCGCUGAGGUGCGCAAACCGUCACACCACGGUAAGGUCCAGUCUCUUUGUGACGGAAGUUCAUGUAGUUUCAUGUGCUACGCAUGCCAAAACACCGUCUACCGAGACGAGUGUUGUUCUCCGUGCCUCCUUCAGGAUGGCGCAAACCGCGAGUUUCAUGUGCUACGCAUGCCAAAACACCGUCUACCGAGACGAGUGUUGUUCUCCGUGCCUCCUUCAGGAUGGCGCAAACCGCGAGGUGGACAGCACAUGACUUGGCAGAAAGGUGUCAAAGAGAUCACGAAGAGUUUGGGUGUUGUUGGGGUUGUGCGACUUCCAGGAUGGGGUCCCUGUGACCCCAUCUGUGCUCUUCAC